CCCGGCAAGUGAGUAAUCCUCAUUCAACAAUACUCGGGAUAUGAGUGAGUAACUCAGCUGGGUGAGUAGAAAUUCUACUACUCGACUCAUGAGUACCCAGUGCGCAGCCUAUAUACACCCACCGGCCUGGUUGACCGCUUCAAGGCAAGACUCGUUGCGCAGGGUUUCGGUCAGAUCCCUGGUGAUGACUACCUCGAGACGUUCUAACCGACGAUCCGAGCAGAGUCCCUCCGGCUCCUGCUGUCGAUCGGUGCCAGUGAGGAUCUGGAAAUCCGGCAGAUCGACGUGUUGAGCGCCUACCCACGUUCCAACCUCCACGCAGAGGUCUAUAUGGCACCGCCCGAAGGGUUAUACUGCCCGGACGGCCAGGUACUGCGACUGCGGAAGUCGCUAUACGGCCUGAAGCAGGCCGGCCGCGAGUGGUAUAUUGAGGCCUGUAAAGGCCUCGGCGAGCUGGGUUUCGAACCGGUAUUCAGCGAACCCAGUAUCUUCGUAACCUCUGACCGGAAGAUCCUGAUCGGUCUAUACGUCGACGAUAUGCUGAUCCUAGGCAAGGAUCAUCCAGAGAUCGACCGGGUGGUCAAGGGAAUCGGAAAACGCUGGAAGAUCAAGGAUCUCGGAGAGGUGGAUAUGAUACCGGGUAUCAGGGUCACCCGCGACCGAAGAAGCUGCCGGUUAUACCUCGACCAAGAAGGGUAUAUUGACGAGAUCGUCAAGCGUUUCCGCCUUGAGCAGACCACGCCGCGCCUGACGCCUGCGACGGUCGAUCGCGCUGCCCUUCUCAAGGGCGAUGACGGUGAGGCUGAAGCCGACCAGUACCUCUACCAGCGUGGUAUAGGGUCCUUGGCCUGGCUUGCCUUGUGCUCACGGCCGGAUAUCGCGUACGCCUGGGGUCAGCUCAGCCAGAGCUGCUCUAGGCCUACGAUACGAAACUGGAACGGGGUUCUCCACGUACUACGCUAUGUGAAGAAGACCCGGGACUUAAGACUCUCCUUCGGGGGAGAGGGUUUAGGGAGCGGCAUACCACCCCACCUAUGCGGCUACAGCGACUCGGAUUACGCAGGGGACCAUAUCGAUCGGCACUCGAUAUCUGGCUACAUAUUCAUGCUGAAUAGGGGGCCUAUUAGCUGGACGUCGGCGAAGCAGCGCUGCGUCGCGACAUCCACUACUGAAGCAGAGUAUAUCGCUCUCUGCGAGGCAAGCAAGCAGGGGCAGUGGCUCCGCACGCUCCUCCAGGAAAUCGGCCGCGAAAGACUGCUCGGCGGCAGGGGAAAUCGGGUCCAGAUCUUCGGCGACAACCAGGCCAGCCUAGCGAUCGCUUCAGAUCCGAUGUCCCAUCGCCGGACGAAGCAUAUCGACGUACGUUACCACUACAUACGCCAGCUAAUCGCCUUCGGCAAGAUGGCUAUCGAGUACGUUCCCACCAAGGAUAUGCUGGCGGACCUACUGAACGAAGCCGCUCCCGCUGCCGGCUCUCGCGCACUGCAUACAGGGAUACCUGGUGCAGCGAGGCCCGUAGGACCCUAGAAUGCACCUCUCUACGGCAACAGCCUGCCGUCUGGCAGACAGGGCCGUUUGCCGCCCAGGCGAACCGCCGUUCGGCGCAGGCAGGCCUGCUGUAGGCAAAAUCUCGGGGGCGCCAAGCUCUCGGCGUGCUCGGCGACCCCUAUUUUGGUCACUAUCGGCGCCGAAGUCUGGGUAGAAAAGGGGGGCGGAGACUGAGAGGCCGCUGGAUGGUAGGGGGCUGUGCAGCAGCACCACAGCGGUGAGAAAGCUGGUCGAUAUGCAGUAUCGAUGGUAGGGGGCUGUAGUGACAGCACCCUACAGUGACGAGAAGAGCGUUCGGCGGCAACACCGAACGCAAGGAGAGGAUGGGUCCAACACCGAGUCCUCGGCCCUGUCCAUAAAGGACAGGAGGCAAUGACCUGGCCGGCGCGGCCAUUGCUUUCGCGCUUUACCGGAAUCACGGUAAAGAGAAAAAGAAGGAAGGAAGGAUCCUUCCUCCAUAUAUUCGUACUCAAUAAGAGCUGGUUACUGAAGGUUUCCGGCGUGGGUGGUGUGUAACGCUGACUUCUAAACGAUAGAAGACACAGAGGUUUCUUGCGUAAGGUUGACUUGACAGAGGAGGCAGGGGAUUAGACACAAAGGCUUUCCAAGUAACACGUUACAGUAUUGUAAAGAAUACUAUAUUGAGUUGAGCACAAAGCUCCUAUCUAAGGAAAUACUAUCUACUUAUAUAGUGGCGUCCUGCCUCAUGGGUAAUCUGGAUAGUUGGCGGAUAGCUAGAUAUUCAGG